UAAAUAAUAGGAUGUAAAAACAUCUAAAACAGAUUGUGUUCUGCGUUCUCCUGUGCUCCUGUGCUCCCUGGGUAAAUUUCCAAAGUUUGGUCCCUCCCUCGGUCCCCUCCCACUUUCACUUCCCUUCAUGUGCUGCAGGAAUGUUUGUGUUUUCAUGGAACACGUGCGCCGCUUUAAAAAGAAGCCAACACUUCCCACUUCACAACACUUCAACCGAGAUAUAGAUGUGAGCACAUCCUCUCUCAAGACGCGAAGAAAAGAAACUUUUUCUACAGGAUGGUGAAGGAGGGUGACGUGAUCGAGAACUCUGUUGUCGAGUCAAUGAAUUCACACCGCUGUGGCCUGUGCUGCCUCGGCCCUCUGACCUUCCACACUCAGGCUGUGGGAGAUAAGGUCCGUCUGAGCCAGGGGGGUCUUCUUGCAGAGAGGUCGGGGUGCACGUUCAAGAACGGCCUGGUGUUCAGCAGCCGCACGGUGAGGGUCCAGGAGAAGAUCCGUCUGAGGGUGGAGAAGGAUCAGUUUAACUGGCACGGAGCUCUGCGAGUGGGCUUCACCAACGUGUCGCCCUCAUCCAGAUCUCUGCCUCUGCCCAUGAUGGCCAUCCCCGACCUCACUAAGACACCUGGGCACUGGGCGGCUCCUUUGCCCGAAUCCCUCUGCCAAGCAGGUUCAGUGCUGCAGUUUUGGGUUUCUCACGGAGGCAGCCUGUUCGCCAGAAGCAACAACGGCAGGCCGCACAAGCUGUUUACGGGAGUGGACCUCAGCCAGCCGCUGUGGGCCAUGAUAGACAUCUACGGCCAGACGUGCUCCAUUUUUCUCCUGGGCUCAGAGAAAAGCGUGACUUUUUACACAAGACGGUCUUGUCCUACACCUGAAUACUUCACCUCACCUCAACAUGACAACCACUGCAAUUUGAUUUCUGAUGACUGCAUUUCCUGUCUUGACAUGAAAGCAGAUAACCACAGUGGACAGGACUGUGUGGUGUGCAUGGGAAGAGAGGCCACAGUCACUCUGCCCUGCGGCCACCGGUGUCUGUGUGCCGGCUGCGUCCGCAGAGUCGUCCAGCAGUUUGGCAGCUGCCCUCUGUGUCGGCAUGACAUCAGAGAACCGUCACUAUGACUAUCACCUGCUUAAUGUGUCCCAGGAGGCCGGUUGGUGGUGAGGUGGUGCCAUGUAGCUACAGCGUCCCUGCCACAUGUGUCUUCCUUAAAUAUGUGAAUGUUGUACAGCUCAUGUAAGAUACGAACUGCUGAAGAAACUGUUUUCUGAUCAUGUGCAAUAAUAUGUGAAACUGUGAUUGAACAGAUAAUCGAUGAAGAUAACUAAUUUAUUUUUCCACUGUACAUCUCUGAUGUUGUAAAUAUUAAAUGAGUCAAAACUUUUGUGAAGCUAUUUUUGUGUUUUUAUAUUAUCUGACUGUGAAAAUAAAUAAAUGCUAUGAUAUCUGUCA